CAGGCCUCCAAAGAAAACAGGCACGCAAGUAAGGAGGUACACCUCUCUCCUUCUGCUUUCUCUCCUGCUCUCCUCACUCCAUUCACGGACCCUGCGAGACCUCUCCUUCGCUGGGACCACCCUACUGAGCACCCUUAUGUUUGCGUUCUCUUGUCUCGCCCUUACUCUCCAUUGCAACAUGGACUUUUCCGAUUGAAAACAAUCUCGUGCCAUCUGCAUGCCUUUGGAGCGAUUCCUGUUGGGCAAAUUCAACUCAGCGAUGACACCUGGCUGGAUUUGACUUUUAUUGACUUUGCUUUGCGUUGGAUUGCACUGAACCAAACUCUCAGAUCUGUUGGACCUUGUCUCAUUGCUGGGCCUGUUUGCUAAAGUGAUCAGGUGUAUCGUAUACGCGCUAGGAUGGGAUCUGAUGUACGUGACCUCAACACGCUCCUUCCCCCCGUGCCCACGUUGCCAGGGGGGAACAGUAACUGCACCCUUCCCGUAAGCAGUACUUCACAGUGGGCCCCAAUGCUGGACUUCCACACCGGUUCACCUUACAGCUCGCUGGCCCCGCACUCCUUUAUCAAGCAGGAGCCCACCUGGGGCACGGCCGACCCCCAUGAGGACCCUCACUGUGGUUUGAGUGCCUUCACUCUGCACUUCUCUGGACAGUUCACUGGCACUGGGGCCUGCAGGUACGGAGCCUUUGGGGCCCCCACGCCCAGUCAACCUCCACCCAGCCAGCCGAGGAUGUUCAGCAACGCUCCUUACCUGUCUAACUGCAUGGAGAGCCAACCCAGCUCCAGAAGUCAGGGUUAUAGCGCGGUUGCUUUUGAUGGAGCCUCCAACUAUGGACACACUCCAACCCACCACACCUCACAGUUUCCCAACCAUACCUUCAAACAUGAAGACCCCAUCACUCAGCAAAGCAACAUGGGUGACCAGCAGUAUCCUGUCCCUCCGCCGGUAUACGGCUGUCACACGCCUUCAGACAGCUGUACAGGGAGUCAGGCUUUGCUCCUGAGGAACCCAUACAACAGCAGUGAUAAUUUAUAUCAAAUGGCGUCACAGUUGGAGUGCAUGGGGUGGAACCCUGUCAACAGUCUGGCGUCCACCAUUAAGAGCCAUGCAGCGGGUUAUGAAAGUGACCCCAGCACGCCCAUGGUCUACAGCUGCAGCACACAGUACCGCAUACACACCCAUGGCGUCUUCAGAGGCAUUCAGGAUGUGAGGAGGGUACCGGGCAUUACCCCAGCGUUAGUGCGCUCAUCCGAGACGAACGAAAAGAGGCCGUUCAUGUGCGCCUACCCAGGGUGCAACAAAAGAUACUUUAAACUUUCUCACUUACAGAUGCACAGUCGUAAACACACAGGGGAGAAACCCUAUCAGUGUGACUUCACAGACUGCGGUCGUAGAUUUUCCAGAUCGGACCAGCUGAAAAGGCACCAGAGAAGACACACAGGGGUUAAGCCCUUCCAGUGUGACACCUGUCAGAGAAAGUUCUCACGGUCAGACCACCUUAAGACCCACACCCGGACACAUACAGGUAAAACAAGCGAGAAACCCUUUAACUGCAGAUGGCCAAAUUGUCAGAAGAAAUUCGCCAGGUCCGAUGAGCUUGUGAGGCACCACAACAUGCAUCAGAGGAAUCUGACGAAGUUGCAACUCUCUAUUUGAGUCAAAGUUUAGUCUUAGCAGUAGUGCUGAUCUGAGACCUGUCCCUCUCACCCAAAACAUAAACUUGACGCUUUAUGCGUAAGAAAAAACAUGAUCUGUUUUUAGAUCGGAAGCAACUGAUCACCUGUAACAACACAUUUGCUUUUGACUAAAUUUUUAUUAUGAUUUAUCUUGCCAUCAGUAGGUGAUAAAUGAUUUGUAGUUUAAAAUAUCUGAAGGUACAACUCUAACUCAAUUUAAAGCGCCCAAAUUUAGAUAAACAAAUAUUUAUUUUUAUUUUAACCUAAAAUAAUCAUACAACUUUAUUACGAACAAUAUUCAUAUUUUUUUAUCAUGAUCUUUUUUUCGCAUUUAUUUUGAUUUUACAUUUAGAGUCCACUUGAAAAGAAAUGGAGGGAAAUACUUGGCCAUGAUGCCUCUGUCUAGCAUUUGAUGCAUUCCUCAACACUGACACAGCUCAUGUGGAUGACAUGAAUUCAAUUCCUGCUGGCGUCAUUUCCUUACCUCUCUCUGCUAUGUGGCAAAAGGUUAAAUAUUGAAAAAUAAAUAGUAGGUCUUUGUGUUUGUUUUGGAUCUCUUGCUGCUGAUCUGAUCUGUUUUUCUUUGCAAUGGUGAAGGUUAUGGUUUGGUUAGGGGAAACUGGCACUAGAGUAGCACUUAGAAACAAUGUUUUCAUGAGAAUCCUAAUAACAAGAGGCAUUGUGUCUGUAUGCGCAGCGCCCCCUAGAGGCGUAUCGCAUCUAACUCCAAAACAUUUCAAAUAAAACAGUCUGUUUCUAAUAAGGGAACCCUUUCCUGUUUUUCUGGGAUGCUGAGACUAAGAUGUGAAAAUGUACUUAACAAUUUAUUUAGUUCUCAGCAGUUUUCAGACUAAUUUAUUAUGUUUGUUGUAAAUUAAAAUGUUACUUCUUUCUCCUUGUUCAACUUUAUCCAGCAUCUUCUGCAACAUUGUAUCUGAAGUUCAAUUGUUCCACUGUUGUGCUUGUUUUUAUUGUUAAAAAUCCACUCUUAGACCUUACCAGAUAAUUUAUGAGUAGGUCACACUGGUUAUGUGGCUGAGCGGUUGUGGCCGAGCUGUAAAUAUUAGUUUCAAUCCUCAGCAAACACCAAAAAAUAAAAACAACAUUUUGUUCAUGGGAAAUGUGACUCACGUAGCCUAUAUAACGGAUAGAAUGUGAAAAGCAUUUAGAUGGAAAGUUUUGUUGUUGUUGGUUUUUAACAUACUUUGUUUGUCUUAUAUCAUCUAUUGUUGAUGUUUUUU